GUAGGGAGAGAGAGAUCCCCAGCAGUCUGUCAGAUCUUGGCUGUGGUGAGGACACCCAGGAGAAGUGCAUUCCUGAGGCAGCUAGCGAGGAGAAGGCAGGAAGAUAGAGCGCUGAAGUCGCGACAUCCUUUAUAUCUCCCUGUGACCAGUGAGACUGCCUCUGACCUCAGGAUUCUGGACUCAUACACAGACACACACACACACACACCCUUGUUCAGUCGCUGCCUCGUACAGCCGCACAACCGGCUCUGCUGCUCUGACAGAAGUAAAGGAUUUGAGGAAAAGAGACGGAGAGAAUUAAAGAAAACGACAGAGGAAUUAAAGACACAGAAGAGAAGGAGAACGUCCUCUCACUCGAGUCUGUGCCAUGCAGUGUUGAGUCCAGUUGAGCCAAGCUGAAGUGAUCCGUGUUAAAGACCAUCUUCCCCUUCACCUCCUCCUGCCUGGUCCCAGAUGGAGCUCAAAGUGUGGGUGGACGGAGUGGUGCGGGUGGUGUGCGGCCUGUCUGAGGAGACGUCGUGCCAGGAUGUGGUCAUCGCUCUGGCCCAGGCCAUUGGUCAGACAGGCCGUUAUGUUCUGAUCCAGCGUCUUCGGGAUACAGAAAGGCAGCUGUUGGCCACAGAGAAGCCUCUGGAGUCUCUGGCUAAGUUAGGCCAACAUGGAGGCGAAGUCCAGUUCUUCCUGCGCCGUACCGGCCCGAGCAGCAGUGACGGACUCAUCUCAAAACAGGAGAGGCCGAGCCCCCCUCCACUACCCAAGCUCCCUGAGCCAGAGCCUUCCAAACGCAACCAGCCUAAGAAAGCACUCACCUUUAACCUCGGGCCAUCCACCUCUCCCAGAAACAAACAGUUACAGAGGUCUGCUCGGGACUCUCCAGAGCAAAGAGCCUCCCCCUCCCCUUCGCCAAGCCCUGUUUCCUCUCAUGUGCCGUCACCAUCUCCAUCACCAUCACCACCUGCAGGCCCAGCCAAAGAGGAGGUGUUCAGGAAGGUUCUUCAGCAACAGGAAAGACUGAGGGCCAUGGAGGCCCAGCUAGAAGCUCUCGAGAGGGAGUCACAUACCUGGGAGCGUCGCUACCCAUCUCCGUGCCCAUCACCAGUUUCUGACGCUCACUUGCAGGAAGAGAUGGACACUUUGGAGCUAGAGGUGCGGAGGAACCAGGCCGAGCUGGCCCACGAGCAGUACUGGGAGGAGGAGCUUCAGGCAGAGGUGGAGAGGGACCGAGGAAUGAGAAAGAAGCUGGGGGAGCUCCACGGCAAGCUCGACGACUGCGGGCGCCGGCUCCACGACUUCUCUGUUCGCUCGGCUCAGCUGGAGCAAGAGAUCCAGCGGGAAAGUCAGACGGAAAGGAAAGCCAACUGUCCCGAGGAAUCCCUCGAUGCCAUUAAGGCGCAGCUCAAGAGCCAGGAGAAUCACCGGACAGAGCUGGAGGAGCAACUGUCUGAGACUGACAAGGCUGUGGGGAAGGCAGUGUCUCUGAUGCAGGCCAAGCAGGAUGAGCUGGAGGAUUUGAAUAAGGAGCUGAGGCAAUGUAACCUGCAGCAGUUUAUACAACAGACAGGUGUCCUGCCAGCGCACACCCACUCACGCACCGAGCUUCAGGAGCAACUGGAGCAGUUGGAACUUGCACAUCUUCUGCAAGUUGGGUACAGGAACGGAGGCCUCAGUGUAACUCAACUGGACUCACCGCCGCGCCCCACUGCCAAACAGUUCCUGGGACAUCCACGCAACCUGCAAAACCCUCUGGUGUCCAGUCUCAACCCUGAGGUCCUGACAUCCCGAGAGUCGUCAUGGAGAUAAAACAUGGACCGCAGGGCCAAAGGAAAGUUGUUCACUGUUCUGUCUCCUCUUAUUUAACCCCUUUCUUUGUAAUUCAUUAUUUAAUCGACCAUGAUAUACAUGCUGUAUGUACAUAAGACAAAUAUAUUUACAAAGCUUUGCUACUGUACACACUGCAAAGUAUCUGUAUGAAAUGUAAAAUAAUUUAGAAACCUUUUACCGAGAGCAAUUACUAUUCCUGUAUAUUUAAUAAAAUUAAAAAAAUCUG